CUCUCUAUAGGUCUUGUAUGAGAAGUUUUCAAAUAUAGAAAAAGACACUUCUAGAGAGAGAGAAAAAAAAAAACCUUGAUUUUCUUCUUCACUUUGUUGUUGUUCAUUGGAGUCUCAAUCAGUUGCAGGUAGAGGUAGCAAUAGAGAACUAACCAUUUCCCUUUCCAUCAUCUCUGCCAUAUUUUCAGCACCUUUCUCUCAUAAAGCUUUUCCACCAAUUCAGCUCAACCAACAGUAACCUAGGUGAUGUUCAAAUAGAAGAGAUUGUUUUUGCGAGAAAACAAAGAAAACUAUCAUUAUAGGGUUUUGUUUUAUCUUCUUAUUUAAUUAACCCUACAUGCUUGUGCUUUCUCUUCUUUUCUUCUUGUUUCUGUGUCUCAUUUUCAGUCUUUGCACUUUUUUGUUCUAAUAACAUUGUUGUGUUUUUCUUGGGAUCUGAUCAGACAAGAAACAGACAAAAAAAGUUGACAGGGUUCAAUUCCCAAACACCUUUUCCUUUGACUAUAUUAAUUAUAUCUUGGUUGGUUAUUGUUUGAACUUUUUCUUGGUACUUUGAAAAUCUUUGUCUGAUUUAAGAAGUUCUCUUUAUAUCUUUGAACUAUAUACACAUCUCUCAUCUCAGUUUAUACAUCAACUAAUUUUUGGAGGAAGAUCUGAAACUUGACUCUUGACACUUUUUGGAGGAAGCUAUUGCUUGAUCUGAUUAUAAAAGAGAGGAGAAUAUGAAUACUUUUUCUCAUGUUCCCCCGGGUUUUAGGUUCCAUCCCACAGAUGAAGAACUUGUGGAUUACUACCUUAGGAAGAAAAUUGCUUCAAGAAGGAUUGAUCUUGAUGUCAUAAAAGAUGUUGACCUUUACAAAAUUGAACCAUGGGAUCUUGAAGAGAUUUGCAGAAUAGGAACAGAAGAACAAAAUGAGUGGUAUUUUUUUAGCCAUAAAGAUAAGAAGUAUCCAACUGGUACAAGAACAAAUAGAGCAACUGCAGCUGGAUUUUGGAAAGCAACAGGAAGAGACAAAUCAAUCUAUAGUAAGCAUAAUUUGAUAGGAAUGAGGAAAACAUUGGUGUUUUAUAAAGGUCGAGCUCCCAAUGGACAAAAGUCAGAUUGGAUAAUGCAUGAGUAUAGGCUUGAAACAGAUGAAAAUGGCACACCACAGGAAGAAGGAUGGGUUGUAUGUAGAGUAUUCAAGAAAAGAGUAACAACAACAAUUCGCAAAAUGAGUGAGCAUGACUCUCCUUGUUGGUAUGAAGACCAAGUUUCAUUCAUGCAAGAUAUGGACUCACCAAAUCAAACCUCUCAAUCCAAUUUAAUUUACCAACAAUUACCAUCAUAUACUUGCAAAAAAGAGCUAGAUAAUUUACCAUUCCAAAACUUUUCUCAUGACCAUUUUCUUAAUCUUCCACUUCUAGAGAGUCCAAAGCUUGUUCAAUCUUCUUCAAACAUAACCUCUAUAGAUCAUUCAAAUCCUAUGUUUCCUUCAUCAGUGCUCUUAGAAGAAGAACAAAUCUUACAAAGUGGUAAUCAACAAAACUUUCAUGCUAUGUAUGGAAACAAUUCCAAUGUUGAACAAGGUAUGGUUGAUGAUGAUCAAGUUACUGAUUGGAGAGUUCUUGACAAGUUUGUUGCUUCACAACUUAGUCAAGAUGAUGCAUCUAAAGAGAAUAAUAACAACAUCUUUCAUGGCAAUAUUGAAUUCAGAAAUUUGGAGAAACAAGAAAUGGUGCCUCAUGAAAAUGCCUCUACAUCAAACACAAGUUGGAUAUGAUGGACACACUAAUUAUAGAGUACUUAUUAACUAUAAAAUUGAAACAUUUACAUGAAUGCAAGUAUUGUUUAAAUUCUUGUACAUAGUAAAUUUAAUAUGGUCAAAACUAUAUAUAACAAUUGAUGUGGAAAUUCUAUAUCUCCUAUGGUACCUCUAGAUAGCUUCCAGCAUAUUCAAUUAAAUUCUCAUAGGGUUAUUAUUGUAUUUUACUAUGCAUGAUGGCUCUCUAUUACUAUGCUAUGUAAGCCAAUAUCUAACAGCUAUAUAUAUCCGAUGUUUUUAUUGGAUAAAUUGACAUUUAUGAUACAUAUUAUAUCUAUGCAUGUGUUACAAUUUUAUGUAAAAUAAAUGUUUGUUUUCUUUGAAUGUCUAUUUAGCAUUUUGUAUUGUUUACUUAUCAUUUUGUCUAUGGUUUGUAUACGAACAAAUAUGCUUAUUUGUUCAACAUAUUGA